UCAAAACAUUUGUGUAAUGUUUGUUUUAUAUCAAAUUUGUUGUUUAAAAUUGAAAAUAACACUAUGCGAAUUCAGUGUUAUAAAUUACAAUUAAUAUAAAUUCACAAAUAACUUUGACUGGAUUAGAUUAUGAUUCGUCGUACUAAUGGAUGCGUUAAAUGCAACAAACGAGCAGCCGAUGUCUAAACGACAAAAAAUCGAUGCAUCUGAAAAUAAUAAGAAAGGCGUAUUUAGUGAGAUUUUUAAUGGAAUCGAUAACACCAAAAACCGUAACAGUGACAACACACCGCCCGAUAUCUUGCCAAUAACAAAUCAUGAACAUAACGGCAACACGAAUGUAAGUCCCAACAGUAACGAUUUAAGUGGCUCAAUAGCAUCAUACAUCAAAAUAAGAAAUUCAUCAUCGUCAAUACAUUCAUCACCAUCCGGAUCACCAAAUGAUGAGUUAGACAAUUCGGUUGCGUGCAAUGUCAUUAGAUCCAUUGAUUCGACUGAAAAGUGUCAUCGUAAUCACGAAUUUCCUGAUCUGCUGAAAACAUCACCUGAUAUUCCAUCAACAUCUCAGUCACAUGAAAUAUUCACAUUGAAAACGGUAGCCAGUUGUGGCCAUAGAAAAAAUUCAACCAUAAAUGAAACUUCUUCAUCAAGAUUAAGCAGUAUAGAUAGUAAUAACUUUAGCUGUUUAUAUAAUGCAGAGGAAUUCCAAUUGAAUUUAAUGAAGCAGUGCCUUUGUGAUAUUGAUAAAUCAGCGUUCGCAGCGUUUCGCCAAAGGGUUCGAUCCGAGCCCAAACAGUUAUUGAUGGAAUGGCCAGCAAAUCAAUUGAUACAAUGCCUAUCAAAUAUGGAGCUGUUGUUUGAAGUUUAUUUGAAUCAAAAUGCAAAAGGCGAAAUUUGUCAACGUGUUAUGAUGGCGUGUGAUGAAAUACUGUGGCAAAAUCAGAUUAUUGACGAAAUUACUGAUCUUGAUGGGUACAACAAUAAAUUCGUUCAGUAUUUGGCUACCAAAGUUCUGGCAAACUGUCUUCUGAUAGUUAAAGACAAGAAACCAUACUGUGAAGAUUUGCUGAAUUCCCUCAUGGAUAAAUUGAUUACUCGCGCUGAUCAACUAACUGAACAUAGGUCACUCGGUAAAAUGUCUUUCAUUCUAGGAAUUAUAUUACAUAUUAUGGAAUGGAAAGAUAUAAAAAAGCAUCCGCUCGAUGACCAAAUUGUAAUUAAUGGUCGUGAAGUAUACAAUGAUAGUGACAAUGAGACGUAUUCACUUCCCAUCAAUAUCCCACGAAUUGAAGAUAAUUAUUUUGCUGUACAUCAUAGUGAAGAUGAAACUGAAACACCUAUGGCACCUACUGCGCCAGUCGAGGCACACAUUCUCAAUAGAAAUGAGCAUGAGCAUCAACUAAACCAUUCAAAUGAUUCGCAAAGAGUUUCUUGCCGCCUAAAAUAUUUAAAAGAUUCGGAAAGUUUUGAUUCCAACGACCUAAAAAUAUCAAUUCUAAAAAAAUUGAAAACGAAAUGGUAUAAUCUCGUAUUUAAAAUUCGUACACUACUGCAAUCAAACCGGAAUUUACAAUACAACGAAAAUACAGUGGUUACCUUUUUAACUUUAUGGGAAAGAAUUAUUAGCGUCGAUUCAUGCAUAGAGUACGAAUCAACAGUUCCAUUUCAUUUACACCUGCAAGAACUUACAAGAAUCUUGAUUGAAGGCAAAUUGCCGACUCAGAUUUACAAGCAAAUUUUGACAUUGUUUAGUGCAUCAUUGUGUUAUACAACGACAUUGGCUCUGCAACCA